ACAACGGUGGCGUAAAUAAGUUUGAUUGGUUAAAUUUUACAACUGUUGCAAAAUUUAGGAUCUAAUGAUAAGUUAAAUACUUUAAUCCAAACUAUUUAAAACAUGAUAUCUAGCAGAGUUGAGUGGGGAGAUGCACAAGCUGAUGCACAAGAUGCACUGCUCCAUCAGACCAAAGGAAUAGGACAAGCAAGACAAUCACAAUGGAAAAUGAGAGGGAACGGAGUGAAACGACAAGACAGAAGGGAAGAUAGAAAUGAAGAAGUUAAAAAGUAGAAAAUUUUUACAGCUAAAAGCCGACAUUACGAAAAGUACUUGCCAGGGAUGCAGAAAUUGUCGAAGAAACCGGUUCUCAUAUAGAAUGUAACCCACGUGGAAGGUAAACUUGUGGCGGGGAUUCGACAACGGUACUUUCAAACGGUGUUCUUGUAUUACAUAUUUAAAGUUCCAUUACGGUGGCAAACCGACUAUCGACAAGGUUGUUGAGGCAUCUUCCCAACGACAACAGUAGAAUAGAAGAAGUUUGUAGCCAGUAGUUUUAUUAUCAAAGAGAAAUGACACGAGAGGGAAGCAAAACCAAAGAGAGCAAAAAGAAGACUGAACAUACGACUCUGGUUCCCAAAAAAAUAUUGAAUAUAAAGGUCAAAGCCCUCUUUAAGAUAUUACUUUACGCGGUGGCAGGACCAGCGAUUCUAUAUGGCCUGUUCUUCCUCUUGAUCUAUUAUCAGAAUAAAUUUGUACAUAUUGAAAUUAAGGAAGUGCAAAUAAAAGAUAAAAAGCCCUUGUUUUGGGUAUACGCGAAAAAUCCUGGAAGGGAAUAUCUCAGGCAUGUGUUCAUUGUCCUUGAAAGGCUGGGAUUUGAACAAGGUAGCAAUGAAUCAGACUGGGACUUGUUGUGGGCCCAUGAUUAUCCCUUUAGAACGUUGCAUGCCCAAUUGAGUAAUCUGAAGCCUCAUCAGAAAGUUAAUCACUUUCCUGGCUGUGGAUAUAUUACGAAUAAAGUCGACUUGUCAACAUCAGAUGGAGAAUACAUUCCAUUGUCGUUCAAAAUUCCUGAAGAUAAGGAUGCUCUAUUGCGGUACGCUAUAGAAAAUCCUGAAAGAUCCUUUGUGCAAAAGUCGAACGCACAUCGAGGAAUCGAAAUUCGCAAGAUAGAGCAGCUCAAUCUCACUACAGAAGGUUCAUUCGUUCAGGAAUUCAUAGAGCGGCCGUUUCUAGUGGAUGGAUACAAAUUCGACAUUGGAGUCUACACUGUGAUCACCUCUAUAGAUCCUUUACGAGUUUACGCCUACAAGGGUGAUGUACUCUUUAGAUUCUGUCCAGUCAAGUAUUAUCCAUUUGAUCCUGAAAAUUUGGACAAGUAUGUAGUGGGUGAUGAUUACUUGCCAAUCUGGAAUGUGCCAUCCCUGAGGAAGUAUUAUGUUGAUUUAGGAUUCUCAAUGAAGGAUUCAUUUGAUGGCUAUGUCAAGAGCAAAGGUAAGGAUCCCUCGAAGCUUUGGAACAACGUCAACGCGGCCAUAAGACAAAUCUCUUUAAUGAAAGAAAGGCAGAUCAGAGAAGUCGCCAAGCGAUUUCCAAACAUGAGAAACUUUUUCGAAAUGGUCAGAUUCGAUUUCACUCUGGACGAAAAUUUCAAUGUUUACGUGAUGGAAGCGAAUAUGUCGCCAAAUUUAUCGUCUGCUCAUUAUCCGCCCAAUCAGUUACUGUACGAACAAGUGCUAUUCAAUCUGUUCGCGCUUGUCGGUGUCGGACAACGCGUGAGGAAGGAUUCUUUGAGGAUGAGGAAUCGAAUGGAAACGGAAAUGGAAAUUGCUGAUAAGAACUUAGUCGUUCUACCGGAGGUUUGUGCAGCUUGCGACGAUUGUUUCCGUGUCGAGUGUCAACUGUGUAAGCCCUGUUUCACCGAGGAAACGCGUCUGAUCUUGUCCCAGAGCUACUACGAACAUCAUAAUAGAAUCGACUUCCAAAGAAUCUUUCCUCCACCUAUUUCACGAAAAAUGAUUUUGAAAGAUUACACACUGAGGAAUCAAUUGCUCGUGCGAUGGUACCAGGGCAAAUGUGAGUUGGAUUCAACGUGGUGUGGAUGAAUAAUCCUAUUUAUAUUAACCUGUGAUGGCUUCAAGGGAGCGCUUAAAAAUGUGUUGCGAGUGCUGCGAUGGCUGUAUUAGUCAGUGUUCUCAUUCGACACUUCUGAAUAAAUGGGGAUCCAAUGGAAUCCGCCGUACUCGCAGUGAAUUCCGAGCGCACCCGAAGAGGUACAUGACAUAACAAUAUAUGUCUUUCAUAAAUCAAAAAGUAUUUAUUUAUCACUCGUAUUAAGUUACAAUAGACGUAAUGAACCUCUAGUGCAAAUGUCACGAUAAAAGGAAGAAUCUUUAAUGAAAUUGAAGUGUCAUUGUCAAUUAAUAUCGUAUUUAUCAUUACAUAAGAUUAAAAUAAAAAGAGUGAAUCGAUA